GCCGGUCAGGUGGCGCUGAGGGGCGGGCCAACAGACUGCGGGGCGGACGGUGGACGCGGUGAAGCUCAGGUCCCACCGAUCCGACCCCCGCCGUCGCUGCCACCAUGACGGGGCUGGCGCUGCUCUACACCGGGAUCUUUGUGGCCUUCUGGGCCUGCAUGAUCGUCGUGGGAAUCUGCUACACCAUUUUUGACCUGGGCUUCCGCUUUGAUGUGGCAUGGUUCCUGACUGAAACUUCCCCCUUCAUGUGGUCGAAUCUGGGCAUUGGCCUAGCAAUCUCUCUGUCUGUGGUUGGAGCAGCCUGGGGCAUCUAUAUUACUGGCUCUUCCAUCCUUGGGGGUGGAGUCAAGGCCCCCAGAAUCAAGACCAAGAACUUGGUUAGCAUUAUCUUCUGUGAAGCUGUGGCCAUCUAUGGCAUCAUCAUGGCCAUUGUCAUUAGCAACAUGGCUGAGCCUUUCAGUGCUACUGACCCCAAGGCCAUUGGCCAUCGAAACUAUCAUGCAGGCUACUCUAUGUUUGGGGCUGGCCUCACAGUCGGACUGUCCAACCUGUUUUGUGGAGUCUGUGUGGGCAUCGUAGGCAGUGGGGCUGCCCUGGCGGAUGCACAGAACCCCAGCCUCUUUGUGAAGAUUCUCAUCGUGGAGAUCUUUGGCAGUGCCAUUGGCCUCUUUGGGGUCAUCGUGGCAAUCCUUCAGGUGCUGGAUCCACCCCCUCCACUCCCCUCUUCCCACCCCCCUCCCCACCCCCUUACCCGGAUCUCUGGCCUUUUUGUCCUUACCUCCAGAGUGAAGAUGGGUGACUAG